AAGUGGGGAUGCUACGGUUGGGACAAGCGCAGCUUAACAAAUUAGGAAGGCGGGUGACUGACGCAGCCCAGGUCCGCAGUGACGACUGUGUUAAUGGCUCCUGUACUUUUGGCCAUGGACGCUGCUGAUACGAAGCAGCAGCAAAACAGGAAGAAGAAGAAGAAGAGCACAAAAAGAAGUCAAAAAAAAAAAAAAUCACUCCUCGAAAACAACCAGAAGAAUUAACAGUACAGUUUCGGUGAUUUUCCCUUACAAGACAGAGGCAGUCAAAUGGGACGCGGAUGAGAGAGAAAACAACCAGAAAAAGCUUUAGACUUGAGAGAGAAAGAGAGAGAGAGAGAGAGAGAGCGUGUGUGUAAAGGGUUUGAGAGAAGAGAGAGAAAGGAUGAAAAGGGUGGGGAAAAGGGAAGAAGGGGUAGAAGAAAAGGAGGAGUGUUUGGGGGAAAAGUUGAAAAGAGGAGUACUGGUGGGGAAGAGAGGGGGACUCUGCACACCAGUUUUCGUCGUUAAAGACCCGCUUUUCGUCACUGUUCCUCCUCCCCCUCCUGUCUCUGCUAGAAAGCUUGCCGCCAGCCUGUGGGAGAUUCACCGCUACCCCCCUCUCUCUAAGAUGCACCGGGGUGACACUGUUCCUCCUCCUCCUCCUCCGCUUUCUAGGCUUCGCCGCCGCCACCACCACCACCACCAGCAGCAUCACUACAGGGACAGGGCUUUUGAGAUCCCCACUACCACUUUGGACGAUCCGUCUCCCAGUUCUCCUGACCAGCCAACAAGUGCAAGUUCUUUGAGAAGGCAUGUAGCUGCAUCAUUGAUGCAACAUCACCAAUCAAUUGAAAGGAACAUUCGGGCUCUGCAGCCUGUUUCUCCUGCAAGCUAUGGUAGUUCCUUGGAGUUGGCACCUUACAACCCUGCCGUCACCCCCGGCAGUUCUCUUGAUUUCAAGGGAAGGGCACUUGAGUCAGGUUAUAGCCUGAAAACAUCAGCAGAACUGCUAAAAGUGCUAAACCGAAUUUGGAGCCUUGAAGAGCAGCAUGUAUCUAAUAUAUCACUGGUCAAAGCACUAAAAACGGAGCUGGACCAUGCUCGUUCCAGGAUCAAAGAGUUGCUUAGAGACCGGCAAGCAGAUCAGCAGGAAAUAGAUGAGUUGAUGAAGCAAAUUGCAGAAGAUAAACUAGUUCAGAAGAGUAAGGAAAUGGACCGAAUUAAUGCUGCAGUUCAAUCUGUGCGGGAUGAACUGGCAGAUGAGAGAAAAUUAAGAAAACGCUCAGAAAGCCUGCACCGUAAAUUAGCUCGGGAUCUUUCUGACCUAAAAUCUUCUUUUUCUAAUGCUCUAAAAGAGCUGGAAAGAGAGAGAAAGUCACGGAAGCUGUUGGAAGACCUUUGUGAUGAGUUUGCUAGGGGAAUAAAAUAUUAUGAACAAGUAGUGCAUGCUUUAAAUAAAAAAUCUGAUAAGGAUUGGGCUGGCAAGGCUGAUUAUGAUCGUUUAAUUCUUCAUAUUUCUGAAUCAUGGCUUGAUGAACGGAUGCAGACGAGGCUUGCAGAAGCUCAGCAUGGUUUUGCGGAAAAGGACUCAAUAGUGGACAAAUUGCGGUUUGAAAUAGAGACAUUUCUUCAAGCUAAGCAAGUGGGAAAAUUUAAGGGCACUGAUGAUUUGUUGCCAAUGAAUUCAAAGGACCGGUCUUUUCGAAGGAAUUCUCUGGAAUCCAUCCCUUUGAAUGAGGCUGUAAGUGCUCCUCAAGAUGUGGGUGAAGAAGAAGAUUCUGCUGGCAGUGAUUUGCGUUGUUUUGAGCUAAACAAACCAUGCAAUGGGGACUUUGAACCAUUUGGAGAUCAAGCUGUAGAAGGUUAUAUGGAUGAAGCCUUCAAAUCUAAUCAAACAAAGAGGAAGCUUGUUUCUCAUGAAAGGUUAAAAGAUCGAUAUCCUUCUGCCUUGCAAGUGAAGUUUGAAGAGCAGAUGGCUCGAGCCAUGUUGUGCGGUGAGAAUAAAAUGCCAGUUGUGGAUCCAGAACAGGGGAAUAAAGGAGAAGGAAACCCUGCUGAAACAAGCAUUUCUCAAAAGUCUGAAAAUUGUGAAGCUGCCAAAGAGGACAGUUACCAAAGAAAGAAUAAUCAUGAUGAAACCCAUGAGUUAAACUCAAAUUAUGUGAUUAGUAAUCUAAUAAGAGGUCAAUUUUCAUUGCCUGAACGUGGUAAUCUGCAUCCUGAGAAUGAUGGUGGGAAAACUUCAUGUGGUAAACCUGCUUGGAGGAAUCAUGCUGGUCAUGCUAGCCCAGUUCGACAAUGGAUGUCAAGUCUUACACCCCCAGAUCUUGGCAUUUCUGAGUCUUCAAAAUUGGUCCCGGGCAUAAGGGAGAAUACUUUGAAGGCAAAGCUACUUGAAGCUAGAUUAAAGGGACAGCGCGCGCGUUCAAAACCUUCAAAAGAUUCUACUUAGCUUUACAGCUAUUAUGAGCUUAGGAACUUCCAAAAGCUCUUAUUAGGCUUGUGGAAUUUGUUGCUCUGCCCAGCCCGUUGCUCAGAUAAUAUAUUUCAUACAAAAUAUUGGCUGGGUGUUCUCUGUACUGAGUGUUACUGUGUUUUAAAUCUCUCUCCAUGUUCAUCUUACAUUUGUAAUUUUACUGUAUAAUGUAUAUACAUGCUGUGUAAUUGAAUCGGCUUUUUGUAUUCAGUAGAGUUUUGAACAUCAACAAAGAUCCUUCUGUUCACUUAAGUUGUAGCUUUAUUCAUUAUGUACCUUCUUUGAGGCACUUUUAAUGGAAAAUAAAUUCUGCCAAA